UACAACCCCGUGCUGCCCCGCGAGACAGGAAGUGACGUUGGUGGCUCCCGGGGCGGGGGUAGGUGUAGGUGUGCGGGGGCUGCUGGGUGAGGAGUCGUGCGGUGGGUUGUGCUUCCGGGUCGCGGGGAACUGGGCCACGAUGCUGAUCAAAGUAAAGACACUGACUGGGAAAGAGAUUGAGAUUGACAUUGAGCCCACAGACAAGAAGCCCCUGGGGCAGAGACCUCGACCAGGAGAGCCCAGCUCAGCUUUGCCUCUUGCUCCCAGAAUUCCCCAGGGCAGCAUCCUCACACCCAGUGUCUCUAGCCCCUGUUUGUCUGUCUGUCUGCCUGUCUCUGUCUAUGCCCAGGUGGAGCGGAUAAAGGAGCGGGUGGAAGAGAAGGAGGGCAUCCCACCACAGCAGCAGCGCCUCAUCUACAGUGGCAAACAGAUGAACGACGAGAAGACGGCCGCUGACUACAAGAUCCAGGGGGGAUCCGUGCUGCACCUGGUGCUGGCCCUGCGUGGUGGGGGGCUACGAUGAUCGGGUCCCCUCCUGUCUCCCCAAAAGCACUGACCCCCCCCCCUCCCCCCACCCCUGCUAGACUGGCCAUGCCUUGCCUCUUCCCCUACAUAUCCCACGGACUCUUACUGAGGACACUGGCUCCAUGGUUGGGAGUCUCACUCCUGCCCUGGGGGGGUGGGGGGGUGGGCAUCUGGAUGUAAACCAGGCCCUUCCCCAGCCCCCAUGCUCCAUCACUCAGCCCCCUCCCCCACUUCAUGUCUCCCUCAAUGUGUUUGAAUAAAGGUGUCUGCGUGGCUGGGAUGCUGCUGAUUCUGGGGUGGAACAGGCCAGCAACACCAAGCUCCCUUGUGUGCUGGGAAGGGAGAAGGAGGUGGUCACCCAGAGACCCCACAACCUGCAGUCACCUCUGGGGUGAGGCAUGUUGAGGCUGAAAAGAUGCAGCUGGCUCUAGGGUGCAGCAUAUGGUA